AUGGCUAGCAUUUUAUUCUUUUCCUUACUACUAUACAUCUGUAUCCUGAGUCUCGCUGCAGCCCAGAGCAAGACCAAACAUGUAUCCAACGAACUAUUGAACUCAUUGGAAGAGUUAUCCCGGAUAGUGGAUAUUUCAUACUGCGUCGGAACAACAGGAGUACACCAACCGUUCGAGUGCCUCAGCCGCUGCAUCGAGUUCCCAGAUCUAGAACUAGUAACUACCUGGAACACCGGCCUCCUCCUCUCAGACUCAUGCGGCUACAUAGCCCUCUCCCACGCCCCGUCCACCAAACAAAUAAUCCUCGCCUUCCGCGGCACCUACUCAAUAACAAACACCAUAAUCGACCUCUCCGCCUACCCCCAAGCCUACAUCCCCUACCCAGACCCGGAAGAAAACACUACAACUUCCACCCGCACAGGCCCACACUGCGAAAGCUGCGCCGUGCACGCCGGCUUCAUGCGCUCAUGGCUCGAAACCCGAUCAACAAUCCUCCCACAAAUCUCCAUCCUACGCCAAAAAUACCCAGACUACGCCAUAACGCUCGUAGGCCAUUCCCUCGGCGGCGCAGUCGCAGCCCUAGCAGGCCUCGAGAUGCGUCUGAAGGGCUGGGAUGCAACGGUUACGACGUUCGGGGAGCCGAUGAUCGGGAACGGGGCGUUCGUGGCAUUCCUCGACGAGCAAUUCGGGCUCGGGGAUGGGGUAUCGAUUCCCCCGCUCGAUCACCCGCUUGAGGGGGGUAUGCGCUUUCGUCGUGUGACGCAUGUCGGAGAUCCGGUUCCUAUGCUUCCGCUUGCUGAGUGGGGAUAUCGUCCUCAUGCUGGGGAGGUUUUUAUUAAGAGGGAGGAGCUGCCGCCGCGUAGGGAGGAUGUGCUUCAUUGCCUUGGUGCGGAGGAUCCUGGGUGUAUUGCGGGUGAGGGGAGGGAAGGGGUUUUGGUUGAGUUGUAUCGGGAUUUGAAUGUUCCUGUUGGGUUGGCUGGUCCUGGCGAGGGGUGUCGGUCGAGUGGUGGUGUUGAUCGUGGUGCUGGUGAUGUAGCUAGGGAGCAAGGUGUCUUGGGACGUGAGAGUUCGGAUCUUGCUGAUUGUGAGGAUAGAUUAUCGCCUCUGCGGUGGGAUUGGUCUCUUAUACCGGCGAGAUAUCGGCUUUGGGAACUGUUUUAUGCUCAUCGGGAUUAUUUUUGGCGGAUUGGUCUUUGUGUUCCGGGGGGAGAUCCAACUGGAUAG